AAAAUUGGAAACGUUGACGUGCGUAUGGUCAUCACUCUGUAUUUCACUAGAAUUUGUGUUUUUCUGUUUAAGUCUAGGAAUUUAGUUUUUAUAAAUAGCUAAUAUUAACAACUGCUACAAAAAACAUCAUGGGUUUAACAAUUUCAAGUGUUUUUACUAAGCUAUUCGGCAAAAAACAAAUGCGUAUCCUUAUGGUUGGACUGGAUGCCGCUGGUAAAACUACUAUACUAUAUAAACUUAAGUUGGGAGAGAUUGUGACCACAAUACCGACGAUCGGUUUCAACGUGGAAACAGUGGAGUACAAAAACAUUAGUUUUACGGUAUGGGACGUCGGCGGUCAGGACAAGAUCAGGCCGCUGUGGCGUCACUAUUACCAGAACACACAGGGACUUAUUUUCGUCGUGGAUUCAAGUGACACCAAGAGAAUAGCAGAAGCCGAAAAUGAGCUGGCUAACAUGUUAAAAGAAGAUGAAUUAAGAGAUGCUGUGAUCCUUGUGUUUGCCAACAAACAGGAUAUGCCUAAUGCAAUGACUGCAGCUGAACUUACCAAUGCUCUCAACCUAAACAAUUUGAGAAAUCGCCGUUGGUACAUCCAAGCCACUUGUGCAACACAAGGACAGGGGCUGUACGAAGGUCUAGACUGGCUCUCUAAUGAGCUAGCAAAGAAGUGAGAACCAUUUUGGCAAACGGUCACUGGGAACAGACUACAAACAUUCCCUUAAUGACUGACAACCUUCUAUAAUGUGAUCGUUGUUCAUUCUACAAAUACCUAAAAGACUAUGAAAAUUUUAUGUAAUUAUACAAGUAAUGUCUUUUUACUACUACUAGGC